CACCCUGCACCAUCUGAGCUCCCUCCGCUCUCGCCCACGGGGCACGUGAGUGUUUAGUUUGUCUCUUUCUUGGUUCCCCAAGAGAGCACAGGCCUCCUGAGGGCAGGAGACACAUCUGAGACUACCUUUUCUUUUUCUUUUUGCCUUUUCUAGAGCCACUCCUGUGACAUAUGGAGGUUCCCAGGCUAGGGGUCCAAUCGGAGCUGCAGCCACCGGCCUGCGCCAGAGGCACAGCAACUCAGGAUCCAAGCCAUGUCUGCGACCCACACCACAGCUCAUGGCAACGCCGGAUCCUUAACCCACUGAGCAAGGCCAGGGAUCGAACCCGCAACCUCAUGGUUCCUCAUCGGAUUCGUUAACGACUGCGCCACGACGGGAACGCCUAAGACUACUUUUUCUGUAAUGUAAGCAAACUGAGAAAUACACACACGAGCUGGAAAACGUCUUACACACAGUUCAAAGAACAGUAAACCAAACACCCACACAGCCACCUGACUUCACAGACAAAAGCAGAGUCUCAGGCGCCCUGAUGCUUCUUCUCUGAUCCCAGCCCUUCCGCCACCCUGGGGGUGACCACACUCCUAAAUUCUGGCAUCAUCGUUCCCUUGCUUUUGCAUUCAUUUUUGAACAGUUGUACUAUUAUCACCCCUGCACGGAUUGUGAAAUAACAGUAUUACAUCUUGCCUGGUUUUGACUGUCCCAUGAAGGAACCAAAACCACGCACAUCCCUGGAUGACUGGUUUUUUGCACGUGGUGUUGUCUGCGAGACUCUGGAGCUGCAGGCCACAGGUGCCACCGCUGUGUGAUCCAUCUACCCGCUCUCCUGCUCGCGGGCACCAGCAUUGUUCUUGCCGGUUCUGGCUUUACAAUCACGAACAGCGCUGCCAUGAACAUUCCUGCACGUGUUGUCCUGGCACAGGAGUUUCUGGAAGGGACAGGCCUACGAGCGGAACUGCGGGGCCACAGGGCAUCCACACGUUCCACGAGAAGCUGCCAAAGCGGCUGAACCCACUCACACACCCACCAGCAGCAAGUGUGCGCUCACACUGCCUCCUCGCAACGGCUGGCAGGGUCCAACGGUUCACCUGCCAGAGGCUGGCUGUGAAACAGGAUCUCCCAGUGGUUUUCGUUUACAUUUCCUGACUACUACCGAGGGGAAUGACACUCUGCUGAUAUGUAUGCGCUGCUGGUCUUUUCCCAUCUGGGAAAUAUCUGUUUUAGCUUUUGGCCUUUUUUCUUCCUUUUCUGUCAGAGUUACAAGAAUUCUUUCUAUAUUCUACAUGCUAGUGCUCUGUAUGUUUUGUCUCUUUACAGUGCUUUUAAAUAAACUGAAUGUCUUAACUUUACUGUCGUCAAAUUCAUCAAUCUUCUUCCUGCACAGUUUGUGCUUGUCAUGUUCUGGUUGCGGAAUCCCAUCUUAGCCCCAGGUCGUCAAGACGUUUUCCUGUACUAUGUUCUAAAAUUUGCCUACAAAUUUGCUUUUCAGCCUUAAGUCCUGAAUCUCCCCUCACUGCCUGACGGGGUGAGGCUGCGAUCACAUCCAUCUCUGCUCGGCCUCCUUCCGCCUGGCACGGUGCUAUUUCUCUCAUAAACAGAAGCAAAUAAUGCUUUGGGUUCAAAGCUCAAAUUUCACUCUCAGGGAGAAAGAACUCGGGACGCUUCUCAAACUCUGGAUCAGCACUCUGACCAAGUUCUUCCUGGUGUUUCAUGACUGCGUGGAAUCUCCUUACCUUCCUUAGCACAUGUUUGGGAUAGCACGAACCUGAGCUGAUGGGGGGCUGCGUGGAGGGAGCAGAACAUGGGAGUUCUCAUCCAAGAUCGGACAGCCCUCAGUUUCAGGUCUCCAUGGCUGCGGUAGGAAUUAAAAUAAUAACAGCACCCACUCCCCGGUACAGACCCAAGAUAAGUGAAAACUGAGGCUCAUGCAAAAACUUGCACGGCCAUGUUCAUGGCAGCAUUACUUACUCACUAGCUAAGAAGUGGAAACAUCCCAGAUGCAACAACAGAUGAUGGAUACACAAAACGUGGCCUCUCCACGUAAGGGAAUGUUAGUCAGCAAUAAAAAGAAUGAAGUAGGAAAAAAGAAAAAAAAAAAGAAUGAAGUAGGGACAGAUGUUACGACAGGGACAAACCUUGAGGCUAGUAUGCUCAGUCAAGGAAGCCAGACAGAAAUGUCCAGAAAAAGCAAAUCCAGAGAUAGAAAGGAGAGCUGCGCUGCCAUGGGACGGGGGAGGGGGGGAGGGGGAGUGAAUGCUAAUGGGGUGGGAUAUCUUUGGAGGAUGAUGGGAAGGUUCUAGAAUGAAGCAGGUGGACCAAGGUGAAUAUGCUGCUAUGAACAGUACACUGUUAAAUGGCUAAGCUAAAGUAGCGAAUUUCAUGUUAUGUGAAUUUUAUUUCAAAAAAAAAAAAAACCUACUAAAAAAUACCAAUUUGUUUAACUCUAUGCCCCUGUAGUAUUUUUGCAGCGGUGACGCACACAGACUAUGAAAAGAGACACCCUGGAUUCGAAUCCAGACUCCCCUGUAAGAACGUGAGAUUCCUUUCCAUCCCUUGUAAACAGGGGGAUGAAAGCUCCUGCUUAAAUGACAUCAUCUGUAUCAAGUGCUCACUACAGAGCCUAGAACAUAAUAAGUGCUCAAUAAGCCCUAGCUAUUAGCCCCCAUAAUUCAGCGCUCACCUUCAGCUAAUGGCUAUUUGUCACGCUCAGCGUUAAGAUGAGAGCUGGCUUUAUGCAAAAGACUCCCCUAAAAGCUUUACACCUCUCAUCUCACUUGUCUCAUCCACCUUAUUAGGCAGAAUUAAAUCACUCCCAGCUUACAGAAACCAAGCUAAGCUGACAUACACAGGGCUCUGCAGCUAAAAAGUGAGAGGUGGGAAUUCAGAUCAAGGUCUAUCAAACUCCAGAAGCCAGGCUGGCGAUUCCCACUGUGAGACCCCCCAGGCGGGCAUCACGCUGCCACCGCCCAGAGGGCCGCCGGGCUUGCCGUCGCCGGGCUGUGUCUGGGCUGCACGUUCCUUUGGAACAGCGACAGCCUCACGGGUCUCCAGAACCCUUCCCCUCUGGCACGGGGCAGGGCCAAACAACCAACCUCCGCUGGGGAACUGAUGGUGCCCUUUCGCCAAGAACCUCUUAUUCUCAACUACUUCUAAAUCAGAACAAAGACAACGACAACAAACCCCACUCAGACAAGUCCUUUGGAAACGAGAAUAAAGCAGCACAAAGGGGUGAUUUUUUCAGAGCCUCGUGGAGAGCACCCGGGUCAGGUCUGGGGAAGAGUAGGGCCUGCGCCCGGGGUGGGUGGGGCCCCAGGUCUGCCGGGGCCUGGGGGAGGGGAGGGCCCAGACGAGCGGGUGCUCAGCGGGGUGCAACGCCUGCAAGGAGUUGGGAAAGGGGCGCUCAGCGUGGACAGAAAUUAAUGAUCCUAAAGAAACAUGCGUGGGUCCUUCUGACACGUCCUACCUCAGCGAGCAGAAACAGAGUGGUGACAGCUGCGCAGAUAGUCGCUCAGCACACCAAAGAGAUGACAAGGAAGAUCGUGGCCCCAGGAUGACUAAAACGUUUCUGCGAAAACUGUGCAAGCAACACAAGCUUUACAUGACGCCGGCACUGAAUGACACCUUGUAUUUACACUUUAAAGGCUUUGACCGCAUCGAGAACUUGGACGAGUACACGGGGCUGCGCUGCCUCUGGCUGGAGUGCAAUGGAAUACAGAAAAUUGAGAACCUAGAGGCCCAAACGGAGUUGCGCUGCCUCUUCCUGCAAGUGAACCUGCUCCACAAAAUCGAGAACCUGGAACCCCUGCAGAAGCUGGAUGCUCUCAACCUCAGCAACAAUUACAUCAAGACUAUCGAAAACCUCUCCUGCCUGCCGGUCCUCAACACACUCCAGAUGGCCCACAACCACUUGGAGACCGUGCAAGACAUCCAGCAUCUCAAGGAGUGUUUGAAACUCUGCGUCCUCGACCUUUCCCACAACAAGCUGAGUGACCCAGAGAUCCUGAGCGUUCUCGAGAGCAUGGCUGACUUGCGCGUGCUGAAUCUGAUGGGCAACCCGGUGACUAGGACCAUCCCGAAUUAUCGGAGGACAGUCACCGUUCGGCUGAAACACUUAACAUACCUGGACGACAGGCCGGUUUUCCCGAAGGACAGAGCUUGUGCAGAGGCCUGGGCUCGGGGAGGGUACGCAGCUGAGAAGGAGGAGAGACAGCAGUGGGAGAGGAGAGAGCGGAAGAAGAUCACGGAUAGCAUCGAGGCCCUGGCUGCCAUCAAGCGCCAGGCCGAGGAGAGGAAGCAGCAGAAAGCGAGCCGAGAGCCAGGGGACGUGCCCGCGCCAGACAACGCUGAGGACAUGGAUGCCAGCGUGGAAGGACAGGAAGAGCCUCCAGAGGACAAAGAGAGGCAGCAGAAGAUGCAGCUGUUCGAGGUCAAGGACAGCUUCGAGGCCAAGGACCAGCUCUUCCCAGAAAUGUCGGAGAAGUCGAGUCUCCCGGAGGAGCUGCCUGCGGAGGAGCUGCCUGCAGAUGUCCACGGGGAGCCUGGAGGCCAGGAGCCAGGAGGGGUGCUCCCCACCGAGGCCCCGCAACCCAGCCCCGGAGCCGCCUGGGAAGAAUCGGUUCCCCAGAUGCUGGCCGCUCAAAGUGCAGCAGGUGCAGAACUCGACAGAGCCCGGGAUUUGGAAGCCAUCAGACUGGCAACGAAGGAGAAGCUCUUCAUAGAUGUACGUGAUCAGAGCAUGUGGAGUGUCCACGGGACGGCCGGUCAGAUCAGACGCAAACCUCCGAGAGCCCUUGCUGCCCAGAGUGCGGUCCCUGGGCCAGCAGGCGUGGUCUCCCCUGGGGGCUGGGUAGAACCCGGGGCCCCCCUCGGACCCACAGCUCAGGAUCUGCAGUUAAUGGGCCCUCCCCCGGGGCCCGUGCCUGCACCAUCAGGACCAAGAGGACCGGCCCCUGUGAGUCCCCCUGAACUAUGUGUUUUCCCCAAAGAAGCUACACGGCAGGACAGUCCCAUGGGGCCAGCUGUGCACAGAGAAAGUGGCGUUUCAUCAUCAGAGCCUCUAAUUCUAUGGACAGCUGCCCACCUUCCGGGCCUGUUGCCGCGCCUGCUCCCAGGUCUGAGUGUCCAGCAUCCCGUCUGCCCCCCGCACCACCCCGGGGCCGGUUCAGCGAGGGAGGGGCCGCCUGACCUUGGGCCUGGAGAACGGCCCUCCUCCCUGAAGCCCCUCAGCUCUGGUAACAGUCUUACCCACUGUGCCACAGGCACGGGUCCUAUGGGGGUGUGCACGUUCUGUCACGACCCCCAGGAACGGCGCUUUGGUGGGGCACAGAUGGGGGCUGGUCCUCUCACCUUUAGCCUUACACCCAGGCGACAGCUGGUGAGCCCCCUGCUCGCCCGCAGGACAGCCCGCCUCUCUGCCCACGGGCGAGCUCCUUCCCUUCAAACCACGGGCACAACUUUGCCUGCCCCCCCCCACUUCCUCGAUCAACGUCCCGACGUCAUGAUCUCAUGUAAGGGUUCAACUGAGCACGGUCAAUAUUCAGAGAGGACUAUAGAUACUCAGGAUGAAACACACAUGGACAGUUCAUCCUUCACUUUCGAGAACUGACCGUUCGCAGGACCACGGCGCUUAAGAGCUGAUCC